AACAAUGUGCCAACAACAGCAACAACAAUUUGUGGCUCUGUGCAACAACGAAAAACAAAAAAUGAAAGCCACCUACAGUAUCAAGAAGGUCUUGAAGACAUUCUUCAAGAAACAAAAUAAACAACAACAGCAGCAACAACAACACCGUCAACAGCAAGCUCAACAACAUCAACAAAUAUGCAAUCACGACAAUUGCUCAUCCGGCUAUACCACCUCCACAACCUCCUCCUCUUAUUCCGAGGAUUUGGAAAACUAUCGCAAUUUACAGGCGGAACAACAACAAUAUUUCACCGAAUUGGAGGAUAAUGCCGCCAAUGAAAAAUUAGCCGUUAUGUGUGAAGAAGAUGCCGACGAUGAGGACGAUGAAUUGGAUGUUUAUGUUCCGGUACGUUUUGCUCGCACCGAGGCUGGUACCUUCUUUUGGACUACCAAUUUGCAGCCAGUCACCAGUACAAUUAUGCCAGCUGUUGAUGAGGAUUUGGUACAGCCCGCUUACUGUUACAGCAAUUAUCAAUACCCCUUGAUGCAGUUCCAGGAUCGUUGGGCCCAAGCUUAA